CCCACUCGCCACCCCUCAGCUCGUGUCUCCUUGUACGUUUCCGUGCGUAACAGCGGCUUCCUUCUGCAGCAGGCUACUGUGCAACAAGUUUGCAGGAGCUCUACUCAUCUAUCCGUGGCUGUCACCAUAAAGUACGCGAACGCAUCGUUGCAGUCUCUCUCUCUCUCAGACGCACGCACACAGCAGCACAGCAGGAGCAGCAGCAGCAGCAGCAGCGUGCCAUCCCUUUCGUGACUCCGCACCAGAUGCGGUUUACUCCCGGCGGCGCACAGUUGAAUGCGGGGGAUCGAGAAAACAAGAGGAGCGUUUAGUGUGUGGAAAAGACAUUUGAAGAGAGUGGAGAAAUGGAGAAAGAAGCGAAGCGACACUAUCGCACGACAGCGCUGAACAUCAUCUCGUCGUUAUGUUCAGUGGCGUCCAUCGCGUUCUGCGUCCAUCUGAGCAUCAGCGCGGCGGACAUCAGGAGCCGCGUUGUGGGUUUGGAGAGCGGGACGUCGGAGCGCACCUUCAUCCAGGUCCGCGGAUACUCCAUGGAGGAUUUCAAUUCUCUGGUGCAGCAGAGAGUGGAUGAGUUGCUUUCUCAGCGCUCUUACGAGAAUUUCGCCAAGAUCAGGACGGCAAGACAAGCCUCAGCUGACUGUAACUGCCCCCCAGGUAUGUCCGAUCCCUUUGUUCUCUCCCUCCUUUCAACAACAUUUUUACAAGAAAUCAGUAACAUACACACAACUGCGCUGAAGUUCUGGUCUUCAUUAGGAAGAAUGGCAUCUUACCACAAGUAAUAUAAACAACCAGAAAGCAGGGCGACUCUGGAGGUUCAUACAUGCAGAUUGCAAAAAAAAAAAAAAAAGAGUACGCUUUUGUCACAGUCAUUUAAUCUAACACUGAAAAAGAUGUCGAACACUCCAACCUUUAGUUUCAAUACAUUUAAAAGUGAGGAAAAAGAAAAUCCAAGAUGAAGAAAAUUGUUUUUCAGGGAACGGUAUCAUUUUGUCGGGCUGUUCUUUACCCUUAUCCGUUCUGCAGUUUCAAGAAAUUUACUGCAGAAAAAGACACUGGUGGUGGUGCAAUCCUCAUUUGUUAUAGUUACCCCUUUCAACAAAGUUUAGAGAAACUUUAUACAAGUUAAAAAGCAUAAUUGCUUUGCCAUCAGUUAUUAGUCAAAAUCAAUAUUUUUUUAUUUUCACAAAGUCCAAAAAAAAAAA